CCUCCCAGAAUGCGCCCUCUCGCGCACCCCCAAGUGCAUCACGUGAUCGGACUGUCACAGAGCAGAUUGGCACUGAUGAUCAGUGCCCUGCAGUGCCACCCACCAGUGCCCAGCAGUGCCACCCAUCAGUGCCCCUCAGCAGUUCCACCCAUCAGUGAUGCCCAGCAGUUGCACCCAUCUGUGCCCAGCAGUGCUGCCAGUCAGGGCUGUCAGUCAGUGCAGUCAGUCAGUGCCGCCCGCCAGCAUUGCCCAUCAGUGCCACCUAUCAGUUCCCAUCAGUCUUGCCUGUCAGUGCCGCCUAUCAGUGACCAUCAUUGCUGCCUAUCAGUGCAGCAGCAUCAGUGCCUCCUCAUCAGUGCCCAACAG